CUCUGACCCCACUCUUGCCCCAGGUUCUGCCUGAUGGUGAAGAAGGGCUACCGGGACCCCCCGUACCACAACUGGAUGCAUGCCUUCUCCGUCUCCCACUUCUGCUACCUGCUCUACAAGAACCUGGAGCUCUCCAACUACCUGGAGGACAUUGAGAUCUUCGCGCUCUUCAUCUCAUGCAUGUGCCAUGACCUGGACCACCGCGGCACCAACAACUCCUUCCAGGUGGCCUCGAAAUCAGUCCUGGCCGCGCUCUACAGCUCCGAGGGCUCUGUGAUGGAGCGGCACCACUUUGCCCAGGCCAUCGCCAUCCUCAACAGCCAGGGCUGCAACAUCUUCGACCACUUCUCCCGCAAGGACUACCAGCGCAUGCUGGACCUCAUGCGGGACAUCAUCCUGGCCACCGACCUGGCCCACCACCUACGCAUCUUCAAGGACCUCCAGAAGAUGGCAGAAGUUGGCUACGACCCCAAGAACAAGCAGCACCACAGCCUGCUGCUCUGCCUGCUGAUGACGUCCUGCGACCUCUCCGACCAAACCAAAGGAUGGAAAACCACCAGGAAAAUCGCAGAGCUGAUCUACAAGGAGUUCUUCUCCCAAGGAGACCUGGAGAAAGCCAUGGGCAACCGCCCGCUGGAGAUGAUGGACAGGGAGAAAGCCUACAUCCCUGAGCUGCAGAUCAGCUUCAUGGAGCACAUCGCCAUGCCCAUCUACAAGUUGCUGCAGGAUCUCUUCCCCAAAGCCUCAGAGCUCUACGAACGCGUCGCCAGCAACCGGGAGCAGUGGACCAAAGUGUCCCACAAAUUCACCAUCCGGGGGCUGCCCAGCAACAACUCCCUGGACUUUUUGGAUGAGGACUACGACCCACAAGCCCCAGACCCACAGAUGAACGGGUGCCUGGAUGCUGAGGGGCACCCGGAGUCUGGGGCAGAGUGAGGAUGGCAUUUAGGGGGGGGGACCGGGGUUGGGGACAGGAUGAGGAGACGAUGGGGUGCAAUCCAUGCCCUGGUGCCGCCCGUGGGACGCGGUCCCCUCCCUCUGUGUCGCCGGAUCCCCAGCCCGGUGGCACUUGGGGACAGCAGCGUCCCCAUAGGGGAUGGUUUU